GGUGGCUGAGGGCGGCGCCUAGGACACAGUUGCAGUCCUGGCGGAGCGUUUGUGGCCCAUUCUCUCCAGGGCACCAGGCCUGUGGUCAGUUCCGCUGCCGGCCACCGGGUGGCAGUGCUGGUCAAGCCCUCCAGCCUCCAGAGCCGGUCUUCCCAGGCGGCGUGGAUGCUUCCUGACUCACCAGCUCCGCCAGAACGACAUUGUUAGGGCUGGAAGGGCUUAGCCAACAUAACACGAAGACGCAAUUUAUGUAUGAUUUGAGGGUCCGAUUGGAAGGGUUUUUUUGUACAUCUACACACCUGUGUGACCACGAUCAAGGUGCAGGACGUUUCCAGCUCCCCAGAGGCUUCCCGUGUCCCUGCCGAUCACUACCUCCCAAAGGCAGCCUUGUCCUGCUUCGAACACCACGGAUGGGUUUUGCCUGAACUUCCUAUGAAUGGCAGCACGCGGUGCUCUUUGGGUCUUCCCUUACAUCAGCCUCACGGCUGUGAGGUUUAUCCACGUCGUUGCAGACGCCAAGGCGCCCCGAGAGGCACUUCGCUUCCAUGCCGAGGCCAAGGGCGCACAGGUGCGUCUGGACACGCGUGGCUGCAUCGCGCACAGGCGCACCACGUUCCACGACGGCAUCGUGUUCAGCCAGCGGCCGGUGCGCCUGGGCGAGCGUGUGGCGCUGCGAGUGCUGCGGGAGGAGAGCGGCUGGUGCGGCGGCCUCCGCGUGGGCUUCACGCGCCUGGACCCCGCGUGCGUGUCCGUGCCCAGCCUGCCGCCCUUCGUGUGCCCCGACCUGGAGGAGCAGAGCCCGACGUGGGCGGCCGUGCUGCCUGAGGGCUGCGCGCUCACUGGGGACGUGGUCCGCUUCUGGGUGGACCGCCGCGGCCGCCUCUUCGCCAAGGUCAACGCCGGCUGCCGGCUCCUGCUGCGUGAGGGCGUGCCCGUCGGCGCCCCGCUCUGGGCCGUGAUGGACGUGUACGGGACCACUAAGGCCAUCGAGCUGCUGGAUCCCACAGCCAGCCGGCUCCCAACAGCCAUGCCAUGGGACCUCAGCAACAAGGCUGUGCCUGAGCCCAAAGCCACACCAGGAGAGGAGUGUGCCAUCUGCUUCUAUCACGCUGCCAACACCCGCCUUGUGCCCUGCGGCCACACAUACUUCUGCAGAUACUGUGCCUGGCGGGUCUUCAGCGAUACGGCCAAGUGCCCUGUGUGCCGCUGGCAGAUAGAGGUGGUAGCCCCUGCGCAGGGCCCUCCUGCUCUGAGGGUUGAGGAAGGCUCAUGAAAGGAGGCUUCCCAGUAUGAGUGGCAGCCCGGGCCUAGAUCUGAGUCUGGCCCCUGCAGAGGAAGGAGGCGCAGCCCUACCUUCUUUCUGGGGAAGAGUCAGAAAGGCUGAUUAGCAAGAGGUGCGGCAGAGAGAGGAAGGCAGGGAGGUGCUGUCUGCUGCCUCCACCUGUUCCCCAACAGGAUAGCAAGGAAAAACCCCUCUUUCUGUCCAUGCCAGAACUAUCCUUCUGAUGGGGUGCUUUGUUUAGAGAUGGGGUGGCCCAAUCCCCAAUCAGUUUUACGUCUGAGGGAGUUCAGGUAUCUGUUGUGUCUGGUGAAGCCCUGUACCUCCUGGGUAUUGAAGAACCUGGACUUGAAGCAGGAGGUAUCUGCAUGGAAUGUAUAAAGUUCCACGUGGAAGCUGGGUUGCCUCCCACAAGUCCCCAGUAGAGUGGAUCUGUAGUUACCCGCCCUGCCUCCCUUUCAGGGUGGUCAUGAGGUCCCAGAGAGACCAUGCAUCUGAAGAUGAUUUAAAACAUGAAAGUGUAUUGUUGUCACUGUGGUAAUUUCCUUGCCAGUUUCUGAGAUAUCAAAAUAAAGUUUGUGUUUCCUGAAUGA